UCGCAGUGCUGCGGCUGAUGGGGCUGUGGAGGCCGGCCGCGGCUUCUGGGGGAGCCUGCGGCGGCGCGGCCGCCUCCCUGCCGGGGGCACUCAGCUGCGUGGCCAUCGGCCUGCUCUCCCUCUGCUGCGCCUCCAAGCUCUUCGUAGACACGCCCACCGAGCUGACGGAGCUCACCGUCUGUGCCUACUUGUUCGUCAUAAUAACCGCUAACUUUGUCAAGGCAUGCUGUCUACUUCUUCAGCGAAACACACUCCACGAGCUAGUGACACUACUGGCAGAAGCCAAAAAGAAAAACGUCAUCGAUGUACAGCACAACGAAGAAAUUCGCAGCAGUUACGGACGGACAUCUGUCAGGCUGUACCGAUACUUGCAGGUCAUGAUCGUGGUAUCCUCGAUCGCCUGGCUCUUCGUGACGGUGCCGUUCCGCGUGUUUACGGCUGGAUCGACGAACAUCGACUGGCCAACGCCGAUCCCCCUCUGGCUGCCCAUCGACAUGCAGCUCUCCCCGACCUACGAACUCAUCUACCUGGGCCAGGUGCUGUGCGCCGUGGCAACGGCGGGGGCGAUGCUGGGCGUCGACACACUCUUCUUCCACCUCACGCUGAUGAUUGUCGCCGAGCUGCAGGUUCUCAACGACAAUAUUUCAGUGGUGGGGAGGGUCGCGUCGCUCGACGAGAAGGGAGUGGUUCCCAGGGUUAAGGACGCAGGAGAGCAACAGCAAAACUUUUCUGACGUCAUCAACAACGGACAGAAUGAAGGCGGAGCUCCUUUGUCGAACCCUCAAGCAACAAUCACGGACAAGAACUACUCUGAUUUGAUUGAAAUUAUACAGCACCACCAAAUUAUAAUCAAGAUGGUCGGCUUGCUGCAGACAAUUAUGGACUACUCAGUAUCGGUACUGAUUCUCACCAACGUGCUGGAUGUAUGCUUCUUAAUAUUCACCAUGUCAGAGCUGUUACAUAAUGAGAAGAGCUUACACGCCGUGCUGCAGACCAUACUUUCGCUCCCUUGUCUUUUGUGCGAAUCCGGAGCUUUCUGCAUGUUUGGGCAGAUGAUAAUAGAUCAGAGCGAGAACUUGGUCCAUGCGGGCUUCAGCUGUGAGUGGUUGGACGCAGACAUCUCCUUCAGGAAGCCGCUCCUCAAGUUCAUGUUGAUGGCGUCACACCCGCUGCAGAUCAAACUGGGCGGCACUGCCAAGCUGUCAAGGUCAACGUUCCUACAGGCUCUUAACGGUUCAUACACGCUUAUAAAUUUGUUGUAUCAUUCUCGUCGUCCUGAGGGAUAAAUACGCGUUAUAUUCAAGAAGACAACCAACAUACCUGGCUACUACUGGACUCGCACAUAAUUUUUCAUGA